AGAGGAAAUCGGGAAUUCGCUAAGAAAAUCUGUUUAUAAAACGCAACUAGAGGGCCGCGAAGAUGCUGUCCAUGCUGCAGGAGAAGCGUCCGCUGAAGCGCACCCGUCUGGGUCCGCCGGACAUCUAUCCGCAGGACGCGAAGCAGCGAGAGGACGAGCUGACGCCCACGAAUGUGAAGCACGGAUUCACGACGACGCCACCGCUGUCCGAUGAAUUCGGUACGGCCCACAACUCGAAUGUGAACGCCAGCAAAGUGAGCGCAUUCUUUAGCGGCGUCCUGGCCAAGAAGGAGGAGCUGAUGACCCUGCCGGACACGGGGCGCAAGAAGCAGCAGAUCAACUGCAAGGACAACUUCUGGCCCGUUUCGCCGCGUCGCAAGUGUACGGUGGACGCCUGGUUUAAGGACCUCGCCGGUAACAAACCCCUACUUAGCCUAGCCAAACGGGCUCCAUCGUUCAACAAGAAGGAGGAGAUCUUCAUUACUCUGUGCGAGAACCAGGUGAACAUGCAACGCGCCACCUGGUUCAUCAAGCUGAGCGCCGCCUAUACGCUUAGCUUCACCGAGUCUAAGAACAAAAAGCGAUCCAUUUACGACCCGGCUGCCGAGUGGACCGGCAACAUGAUCAAGUUCAUGAAAGAGCUGCUUCCCAAGCUCCAAGAGUAUUAUCAGCAGAACCACGACAAGUCCUCUUCGAAUGGCACCACUUCCGGAAGCCUGACCGCCGCCGGUAAUGGUCCUGCCAGCAAUGGCUCCACUGGCACCAGCUCUAUUAACUCCGUCACCGGUAGCAGUGCUUCCACGAACGUAAUCCCGGUACCCAGCAUGGCCAGUCCACUGCCACCGAUUCAUAGCCCAGCUAAUGGCCAACAGGCAGCUCCUGGCGGAGGAGUGAAUGCCGGCAGUGUCAUGCCGACGACGGGAAGCCUUGGCGGAGUAGUCGGUGGGCCGGGGUCUUCUGUGGUAGGAGGCGCAGCGGGUGCAGGAGCUGCAGUUCCACCAGGCUCUACAAUUUCUGGAAUUGGAAGCCAGUUCGAAGAUAGUCGCAAUGCGCUUAAGUAUUGGAAAUACUGCCACCAAUUGAGCAAGUACAUGUACGAGGAAUCACUUUUGGACCGACAGGAAUUUCUAAACUGGAUCCUCGACCUUUUGGACAAGAUGCGUACGCAGGCAAGCUUCGACGAACCGUUGAAGAAAUUGGUGCUCAGCUUUGCCCUUCAGUACAUGCACGACUUCGUCCAGUCGGAGCGUCUUUGCAGAAAGAUGGCCUACAUAGUGUCCAAAAAACUGGCCCAGUUGCUGAACACUGUCGUAGAACAGCAGACCAUCAAAGAGUUGGACGAGCCGAAGUUGCAACAAGAUCCCUAUGAGCUGGCGCUUCAGGAACAAAUGAGUUGUCCCCAUCAUCGGGAUAUAGUGCUGUAUUUAAGCACGAUCCUACAGAUCAUCACAAUCGAGUGCCCCACAGCUCUGGUCUGGAGUGGGAUAGCAGCUCACCGAGCACCCUCCUCGUUGUUGGGUAGUCCGCUGGACCAUUUGCCUUUGGCGCCCUCAGUCUUGCCGAUGCCCACACGCUGUCCGCGAACCAAUCACGAGAUUCGACGUCAAUUGCGGGCCGCCGAGUCGGACAUCGUAUUGCGCACUCAGCAUGCAGAGCAGCGCUGGUUUGCAGCCAAGUGGCUGAGUGCCGGCAAGAAUCAAUACACCAGUGUGCUGGCUACACUGGACCACUUGGACACGCACUGCUUCGAUCGCAUGGAACACAAUAAUAGUAUCGAUACCCUAUACGCACAAAUAUUUCCCAGCCCAACUGUCAGUCGCAGGCGGGAGGAGGAUCAGGUGGAACCUCGUCCGCCUUAUGAACCCAAACAAGACAAGGACACGGUACGCAUUCUGUGCGAGUGGGCUGUGUCGGGGCAGCGUUGGGGAGAACACAGAGCCAUGGUGGUGGCCAUUCUACUUGACAAGCGCCAGAUCGACGUGACAAGCACGCCGGCGGAUCAACAAUCCAGUGAUAAGGAUGACAAGGACUCGCUAGCUUCGGGCGCCGGCUUAAUUGAUGGCCUGCCUGUGUUUCAGCACGUGUUAAUGCACUUCCUUGACCACGAUGCUCCCGUCCUCGAUGAGCACGUGAGCAGUCCACAGCAGCGCACGGAAUUUACCAACCUUGUUCAGCUGUUCAGUGCAUUGAUUCGCCACGAUGUCUUUUCGCACAACGCGUACAUGCACACUCUAAUUUCACGAGGAGAUCUGCUCCUGGAGUCGGUGCUGGUGAUCAAAUCAGGAACAACGGCCACGAAAACAUCGCCGCCACCUCCAGCUCCACCACCAACGACGACGCACGGUUUCGAUGAUGACGGAUUCGGCGGGGGCCUGGACUUCAAACACAACGAAUUUGAUGAUUCCAAUGUGGACGACGAUUUGGACAAACUGGUGCAAAAUAUUAAGGAGAAAGGACAACAGCACGAAGCUCCAGACAGUCCCAAGAUUGGUCCUCCAGGCGAUGGAGAAACCAAUCCUGGCGGUAGCAUAUCGCGGCAUUACGUGUACACCAAGCACUUCCCCAUCCCCCAGGAUGAUCCCAGCAUGAGCAGCUACAGCAGUGAAAGCAACCAGCGAUACAUCCUGCUCUUCGGAGUCGGCAAAGAGAGGGACGAGAAGAAGCAUGCUGUCAAGAAGAUGUCUAAGGAAAUUGGAAAGCUUUUCACAAAAAAGUUUAGCAUAGAUGUGGCGGCGGCCGGUCAUGUGAAGAAGCACUCGCGCAACGAGUUUAACUUCGAAGCUACCACGUCCAAGUGCCAGCAGAUGGCUUAUUUCGACCAGCAUGUGGUCACAGCCCAAUGUGCGGCCAAUGUCCUGGAGCAGCUGAACGGAUUCGCGUUAGGGAACAACAACUACCUGCCGGUACAGGAGCACGUGGCGUUCCUCUUUGAUCUGAUGGAGCUGGCUCUUAAUAUCUACAGUCUUUUGGAACUGUGCGAUAGUCUGUUGAAGGAGUUGCCUGAGGUGGAGCACCAGUUGCAGCUAAAGAAGUCAAACCUAGUGCGCAGUUACACCACUUCACUUGCCCUCUACAUCGUCAGCAUCCUGCGGCGCUACCACAGCUGCCUUCUUCUUUCACCGGAGCAGACGCUGUCUGUUUUUGAGGGAGUCUGUCGUACCAUUCGGCACGUAUCGAAUCCGAGUGAGUGCACUUCGGCGGAGCGCUGCAUUAUUGCCUACCUGAGCGACCUACACGAGUCGUGUGUUUUGCUCCAGGGAAAGGAACAAUCCACGGAGUACUACCAGCAGCUGCAGUGCAUCAAGCGGUUCAAGGACAUAUUCAACACUCCAGAGCAGCUUGACCUACCACCUCAGGGUUACAACCCACUGUUGUUGCAGGAGCUUUUCAUGGCCCCUCGACGCGGUGGUAAACUGGAUCCUCACUGGCUGGGAACCCUGCACGAGUCGCCGGCCAAUGUAUACAGUUUCGUGUCUAACGCAUUAAUAGCCGUCUGCCGAGAGACGGACAACGAGCGGCUGAACGAUGUGGCCCUCGCAUGUGCCGAACUGACCGCCAGCUGCAACGUCUUGUCUGAGGAGUGGAUAUACGCACUGCAGAGUCUGUGCAGCGGCAGUAAGAGUCCGCGUUAUCCGCACCUGGGCGGACAGGUCGACAUUGGACAACUUAAGACUCACAACGCCCUGGCCGUGUUCGUAUGCAUUCUGGUGGCCAGACAUUGCUUCUCACUAGCCGACUUUGUAAGUAAGUUCGCCCUGCCUACAUUGGCCCGAUCGGUAAGCGCUGGUGGAGCCGAACUGAGUGUAGAUGCAGAGGCAGGUGCUCGUCUUACAUGUCACUUGGUGCUGAAGCUGUUUAAGACCUUGGAGAUUCCUCAACCUGGCAUGUACUCGGUAAGCACUUCCCCGAAUCCACUGCACGCUGUGGGAAACGACUUUAGCAUUCGGCUGAGCUGCGAUCGUCAUCUUCUGGUGGGUGCCCAUAAGACCAUUCCCAUUGCCGCAGUGCUUGCCGUGCUCAAGGCCAUUCUCAUUGUUGUGGACAAUGCGGCGCUUAAAACACCAUUGGCUUCCGGCAGCGGCACCUCCUCUGGCGGAUUGGGCGGAGCUUUUGGAAGCGGCAAGCGUAGUGGCUUCAAUACACCGGUCCAUCCGGGAAGCACACCCAAGAGCAACGAACAACGACCGGCCGAUCUCAGCCAGAUCCUGGGCACCAGCGAUUUACAAUUGGGCAGCAGUUUGACAAGCGAACCCGAAGCCCUGCAACAGCCAUCGGUCGGAGGAAUGGAGCAGAUCUCGCUGUUGGAGUUCGCCCAGGCGGUGCUCAAGCAGAUCUGCGCCCAGGAACACGUUCUGGAAAGAUGCCUAAAGAACGCAGAGCAACUCUGCGACAUGAUAAUCGACGAAAUGCUGACCGCGAAACAGGCACAGCGGGUUCUGCACAUGAUCUGCUAUCCGGAGCCUGAGUUUAACAUCAUCUCCGAACUGGAUCAGCGCUCAAUGAUCGUACGCAUACUAGAGAAUCUCGGACAGUGGACACUGCGUAUCUCGUGGCUGGAUCUUCAGCUUAUGUACCGCCAAUCGCUGAGCAACAACGCGGAGCUUAAUGUUUGGCUCGACACAGUGGCACGCGCGGCAAUCGACGUCUUCCACAUGGAGGAAGUUGUCCUGCCGGGUGCCGUGAAGGCGACCCACAAACCCAAACCGUCCACCUGGCUAGUGGCUCCACUCAUCGCUAAACUAACACCAGCGGUGCAGGGCAGGAUACUUCGAGUGGCUGGUCAGGUUCUUGAGAGCAUGAACUAUUUCUCCAAGGUGUCCAAGUCCGAUUGCAAUAGCUCGGGCAGUGGUGACGAGCGCGAGAAGAGCAACAGUUGUCACAGUAGCAAUAGCUAUGGACUGGGCGGCGUGCCCGCACGCAACAAGAAGAUGCCGCUUGAUUAUCAGCCUUUCCUGGGUCUCAUCCUAACUUGCCUGAAAGGCCAGGACGAGUACAAGGAAAACUUACUGGUUUCGCUCUAUGCCCAGUUAUCACAAUGUCUGCAAUCCUUUGCUGAGCUGGACACAAUCGGUGGCAUUGAUGAGCCGCAGGCGCGCGAGGAGAUCCUCGAUGCGCUGCAGUUGCGCUUUUCGCUGGUGGGCGGCAUGUUCGAGGCUAUCCAAAAGAACAGUACCCCCACCACAGACUGGGCUAUUCUUCUGGCCCAAUUGGUUUGCCAGGGCGUGGUAGAUCUCAGCUGCAAUCGUGAGCUGUUCACCACCGUUGUGGACAUGUUGGCCACAUUGGUGCACUCAACGCUGGUCUCUGAUGACGAGAGGCACUACAUGAACCUGAUGAAGAAGCUAAAGAAGGAAAUCGGAGAGAAGAACAACGCCUCCAUUCGGGUUAUUCGGCAGCUUCUUCCACUUUACAAGCAGCCUACUGAGGUGAUUGCGUGCGAACACUCUGGAAUGGACACCAAGGGCAACAAGAUCUGCGAUAUAGACAAAAAACAACUACGCAUUUCGGACAAACAGCGUAUCAGCGUGUGGGACAUCCUUGAGGGUCACAAGAACCCGGCUCCUUUGUCCUGGGUGUGGUUUGGUGCAGUCAAGCUGGAGCGCAAGCCCCUUACUUACGAGGAGGCUCACCGCAACCUGAAGUAUCACACGCACAGUCUGGUCAAGCCCAGUAGUUAUUACUAUGAACCGUUGCCACUGCCACCUGAAGACAUUGAGCCUGUUCCCGAGAAGAUUUGCAUAAAGGAUGAAAUGAAGGCGGACACGCCCUCGUCGGUGGAUCAGUCGCCAAGCGCUGUGGUUGGCGGCACGGGAAGAGGUCGCGGCAAGGGAACGACCACGCGGAAACGCAAGCCGAAGAACCCGAAAACGCCACCGGUGGUCAAUACUCAGCAACAGCAGCCUCAGCUGGCACAGCAGCCUCAACAGCCGCAGAAUGUGCAGCAACAGCAGUUGCAACAGCAGCAGCAACAACAGCAGCACAUGCAGCAGCAGCACAUGCAACAGCAGCAGAUGCAGCCCAACCAAAUGGGCCAGAUGCCAAUGAACAUGCCGAUGAACAUGCAGCAGUUUGCACCCAAUCCGAACAACAUGAUGCAGCAGAAUGCCAUGUUACAACAGCAGCAGCAGCAGCAGAUGCAGCAAAUGGGCAACAACCCGAUGCAGCAGCAGCUGAAUGUGGGCGGUGGGAACGGGCAGCCAAAUCCCCAGAUGAACUUCAUGCAGCAGGGACCAGGGGGCGGUGGAGCCGGACCGCAGGGUAUGCCUGGCCAGCAGCAACAGUGGCACAAUGCGCCGCAGCAGCAGCAGCCGCCACAACCGUACCACAACCAAUACGCUCCGCAUCAGCAGAACAUGCAGUCAAAUCGCAUCGAGCGCCCGCCGUUGAAUGCCAACUCCAAGCAGGCGCUAUCACAGAUGCUACGACAACGACAACCAUUCCAGCAGCAAGCGCAACAGGGUCCGGGGGGUGGUUUCAAUCCGAUGCAGCAACAACCACAGGCUUCGCAACAACAGCCCGGUCCUCAGCAGCAGAUGAACCCCAACCAAAUGCGCCAGCAGCAAAUGAAUCCCCAGCAAAAUCCUCAGUCUGUCGCUGCAUUCAACGCCAUGCAGCAGCAGCCGCAGCAGAACGCCCAGCAGCAACAGAUGAAUCCCAACCAGCAGCAACAGCAGCAGUUCAUGCGCGGCGGCAACAUGCGACCCGGCAUGGCGCCCAACCAGAUGAAUCAGAUGAACAUGGGAGGUCAAGGCAUGUCGCAGAAUCCGAUGAUGCAGCAACAAAUCCCACAGAAUAUGGUGGGCAUGGUCAACCCGAAUGCCAACCAAAUGAUGCAGAGCGGUGGAGCUCAGGGAGGCAACGGUGUGGGCGUUGGUGUUGGCGUCGGCGUUGGCGGUGCCGGCAACAAUCCCAACAUGGGCAUGGGAGGCAUGCCUCAGCAAGGCAUGAUACAACAGCAGCCGCAGCAACAGCCGCAGCAGCAGGUGCAGUUCCAGAACUUCCAGAAUCAGUACCAGCAGCAGCAACAGCAGGGCAUGCAGCAACAGGGCGGUGGAGCAGGCGUUGGAGUGGGCGUCGGCAUGGCGCCCAAUCAGCAGCAACAGCAGCAGGCCAACAUGAUGGGCAACUUCAAUCCGCAGAUGCAGCAGGGGAAUCGCAACAAUCCCGACUUUAUGGCCGCCGCAGCGGUUGCCCAGCAGCAGCAACAACAACAACAGCAACAGCGCGUUGUUCCCGGAGGAAUGAUGGCCGGCAACCGGAACCAGUACAUGAACCAGGCGCCCAACGUAACCAUGUCCACCAUGAUGGGUCCGGGGCCGGGUGGCGUCGUCGGCCAGGUGCCUCCGUACGCCCGUCAGCAGUCGGCGGGAGGAGGCAAACCCGGCGUCCUCAACACCCAGCAGCAGUUCCAGCAGCAGCAACAGCAACAACAGCAGCUGAGGCACCAAAUGAUGCAGUUGCAGGGUAUGGGUGGUGGGGCAGGCGGCGGCAUGGGAGCCGGGCCUCAGCAGGGGGGUGGCGCCGUUGGCGGUGGCGCCGGAGGCGGAAUGGUGCCGCAGCAGCAGAGCAUGAACCAGCAACAAACGCCGAAUCUGGUGGCUCAGCUCCAGCGGCAGAACAUGAUGGGCCAGCAGCAGUAUCAACCACCACCGUACUAGAUCGAAGACACUUCUUAAUCGUAAGCCUAGUCCUAAUCCUUUAUUUAUCAGAUGAAUUUGCAAUAAACGUACAUUCAGAACG